CGGUCGGACUUGUAGUGAGAAAUUGGGGUAGUUCGCGAACGUUUGGUUUUGGGCAGAUAUUGAAGGACUAUGAAGAUCGCAAAGGGUUUAAGUGUGUGGGUGGUAGUGAUUAGUUGUCUGAUAGUGACCGCAUCGGCAGCGGUGAAGAAGAAGCGUGGACUCUAUCAUGGACUUCAGGGGUAUUCGAUACCGUUGGGACUGGGAGCUCAUCGGCCGUACCAUGGGGUAGUUCCAUACGCGAAACAUCAUCAUGGAUAUUACAAAGGGUUUGGGGGAGUUCUACCCCCCGGAUAUGGACUGUUUCCGGGUAAUGCAGCGGUGACUUCGUACCAGCAGAACUUCCCGAAGGUACCGGCGUACUACGCACCCAGCUAUCUACCACCGGUUGGUGCCGGAUUCCUGCGACCAAACUAUGCGCCGAUUGCUCCAGUAGCUCCAGCGGCUCCAGUGGCGCCAGUCGCUCCGGUAGCACCAGCAUUCCCUCUCGGAUUUGGUCAGUUCCCAGCGGCCCAAGCGCCAGCCUUCUUCCCGCUGGGCAACCCCCAACAAACGUCCUUCUUUGCGACGUACCCCCAGAAACCCAUAAUCCCUGUUGCCAUUCCGGCCCCCGAAAAGCCCAAGGUCCCAGUGGUCUUCCAGAAGCCCAUUUUCACGGCCUUCUCCAACCUUCUGCCCAACGGCGUGAUCCCGACCGGAGUCUACAACCCGUCCGUUGCCGUUCAAAAUGGUCCCGUUGCUCCGACCUUCGUCGGAAUCCCGAUCAACGGAGGACCUACGGCCGCAACCCCGACCACGAUCUCCACCGUGGUGACCCAGCAACAGCAACCCUGGCGCCCGGUACUCGUGAACCAUCACCCAACGCCCUCGCCACCCACCACAGUCUCGUUCAAGCCCUCGCUGAGCCUGUUGCCACCGUACAGCCCCGCCCAACAGGGUCAACAGCAGUUCUUCAUCAGCAGCACACCGUCACCUCACACUAUCCAGGACAGCCAGCACCAGCAACAGCAGACGCUGCUCGAUCUUGAACAAGGUCAAGAGGACGGCAACGGGGCGUUCAACGGGCAGCCGUACGAUGUGGCGUCGAACCACGGCCGGUACAGUGGGCCGUCCAGCUAUGACGUGGACAUCACCCACAACGGGUACCAGAAGAAGAAGUAAAGUAAACCUGCUUCAAUUGCCAUUCGAAAUCGCUUAGAGCUUAGAUGAAGUGAACUGUUGUCGUUACUUACGUGUGUAAACUGAUAGUAGUGUAAAUAAAGUAAUUGUAUAUUUAUUAUGUGUAAUAAAGCCGAACCCGACUUGCUCAAACGAAAGA